GAGUGACCUGGUCAUUAACUAGUAUAUAAAGUCGGUUAACAAUCGUCCAAGCAUCCAUUCCACUUGUCGUUUUCAGAGCAGACUCGUCUCCCCCAAAGAUGCGCGUAGCACUCGUCGCCUUUCUAGUCGUGGUCGUCGUAGCCAUGGUUAUGGCUAACCCCGACCCAGGCUACGGCAAAGGACACGGCCACGGAGGAUACGGCAAAGGACACGGCCACGGAGGAUACGGCAAAGGACACGGUCACGGAGGAUACGGCAAAGGACACGGCAAAGGGCACGGCCACGGUGGGUACGGCAAAGGACACGGCCACGGUGGAUACGGCAAAGGACACGGCCAUGGCUAUGGCAAAGGACACGGCCACGGUGGAUAUGGCAAAGGACACGGCCACGGUGGAUACGGCAAAGGACACGGCCAUGGUGGAUAUGGUUACCAUUAGUGUGUGCGUGAAUGUUAACUACGAAUUGUUGCUACGAAUAAACUUUUAUUUAAAAAGAA